AUGGCCUUAAUUUCGGUGGUCUUUAACUCUGCGGUCAUCCUGAUGGUCGCGUACGCCAAAGACCUGCACAAACCCAUCUUCAUCCUUUUCUGCAACCUGGCCAUCUCCGACCUCCUCUCCAGCUCCUCGGGUUUCUGGAUCGCUAUGGUGUUCAUCACGAAUCCUCAAAGCACCGUGGUCGGGUCCCGAGAAAUCCUCAGAGUCUACGCCGUCUUCACCACGUCCAUCCUAGCCACCAUCUACAACUUAGUGGCCAUUGGGAUCGAGCGUUACUUGGCCGUGGCCGAAAGCCUUUGGACCAGGAGACGGGUCACCCGGAACCAGGUCUUGGGCAUCGCGUUGGCGAUUUGGGCGUUUGCCGUCUUCCUGGGUUUCAUGCCUAUGAUGGGAUGGAACUGCUUGGAGAAAGGCAACAUCUCUACCUUUUAUAGCCCUCUGUGCAUUGACUAUCUUGCCUUCAUCACCAUCCCUCACAGUGUGAUGGCCUUCGUUCUUCCGUUCUCCACCUACUUGGGCAUCAUUGUAUUUUUGAGAAAGCACAAGAUUUCAAUGGGGGCGUUGGGCCAAGCCCAUUCCACUUACCGGAUAGCCGAGAUCCAGGUAGCUAGGACCAGCAUCUUCAUAUGGGUCAUGGCUUUGCUCUCUUACGCACCUUUCUUCACAGGCGUCGUCUUUGAUUCGGCCACUCGACAGUGCCUUAGCAAUCUCUCUCCAGGCAUCUACGUCUUCCGAAACCUUACGACUGUGAUGAUCACCAUUAAUUCGCUGGGGAACCCCAUCAUAUACACUCUGAAAAUGAAAAAGCUGGGGAGUCGGAUCAAGACCUUGAGGUCCCCUUCCAACAACCGCGUCGAUGUCCAAGUCAUUGGGAAGAUGUGA